AGAAGAAUAAAAACAUUUUUACGUCUUGUUUGUGGACGAACUGCUUGAGUUUGAUUUAUCUUAUUUAACCCUGAUUAAAUACGUUUUAAUUUAUACCCCAUAUAUUCCACAAUGUCCCUGGUUGCCUAUGACAAUAGUAGCGAUGAGUCAGAUUACGACGAAGAAAACAACGAGGAGAUUAAGCCCACAGUCACAGCGAAAGAAGUCCCAUCUUCCAGUAAACCCUCAAAUCCAGUUGCAGCUGAGGUUGUUCCAAAGUUUACAACUAAUGGCCAUAUCAGUGACGAUGAUGAAGACUAUUUAGAUCACUCUGAAGACCAAUUGAAAACAUCCACAUUUUCAUUAUCACUUCCCAAGCCGAAGCAAGAGUCAUCAAUACAAGAGCUUGUAGGUAGCUUGUCAACAUUUUCGGUGCUGCCGACUCCCAAGACAUUAGGUCACCAACAGGAGACAAUCGAAGAAGAAGAUGAUGAGUUUUUGCACAAAAAGGAUAAUUUUGUAAGUUCAGAAGUUAAACCUGCACCUGCCAAAGGACCCGUGAAAAUUUCAAUACCCUCUCUCAAAGACUUUGACGAUGUCAACUCCGAAAUGAAAGAAAAAUCGAAACACACAGCAAGUAAUGAAGGUAAGGGCAAAGCUAAAGGCUGUGGUCUCUUAAGUAUAUUACCACAGGCCAAAUCUGAGAGAACCUUUUCUAAGGAAAGCACAAAUGUUGCUACGAAUGAAUCGAGACCUGCUGUAUCGAAACCCUCAUCAUCGCUAAUUCCUGAUACUGUUAAAUAUCGCAGGCCAGCCCAUAACACCGAGGGCAUUGACGGGGACAAUGCAAUGAAGAAAAUAAAUCCCCAAUCCAAAACAAAAACCCCUACCAUUGCCACAGAAGAAGACGAAGAGGAGGAUGAUGAUCGGACCACAGCCAGUGGCAGUGAUUUCUUUUCCCUUCAAACGGAUGAUGAUAUUAAACUUCCCGAUGUUAGUGUAAAUGAAAUAUCAAUGUUAGUGGCCAAGAAAGCAGCCAAGAUGGCAGAGGUUACAAACAAAUAUCUCAAAGAAUGUGAAACAAAGGCGACACAAGAACAGGAGGAGGUGCAUAGAAAUCAGCAAGAAUUGGAAGCUGCAAGAAAACGUUAUCAUGAAAGUCAAUUGGACUCGGAGGCAACACAGGCCCUGGUUGGAAGCAGUGCCAAAAGACGCAGGAAUGAACCAAUUAAUAUUGUGGAUUUGAAUAGUGAACAAAUUCUGCCAAACAAAGAUGAAUGGAUGCGGACUGCACUGGCUUCGUCCACAACGUACCAGCCCACAGGAGUUUUGGUUGACGAGGAACCCGUAGCUGGUACGCGACGUAAACAUCAAAUCACGUAUCUUGCCCACAAGGCAAAAGCCAAUGAGGCGGAACUCCAAGCAAUGUGGGCGGCAAAUCGUCAAAACAGAAGGGCAACACAAAGCAAAUAUGGUUUCUAAAAAAAACUCAACAAAAAUAUAACAGUGGAAAUUAUUUUAAUCGAGAUUUUUAUUUUAAGAGGAGA